AGCUCGGGAAAGAAAGCUUCCUUCCUCGACCGCCGCUGAUGUUGUUGUUUUAUUGCUUUUUCAUCCGAAUGUAUCUGUUUCUCUACAUAGAACUUUUUGUUUUCUAAUUUCUGUGUUGCGUGUGAUGCAUAGUGCCUAUGUUCGAUCAUGAUAAACGAAAGAAAAUAGCGCUUUACAAACAUUAUCACCAAUCAGGUACAAACUGUAUAACAUGUGAUUAGAAAUGUAAAUAAUUAAUUGAAAUUAUCGCACAAAAUGGACGUGAAAGGAUGUUUUUGUGAGUUUAAAGUGUUGUGAAUACGUUGUUUCGUUCUGUUUAGUGCAGUUUUGUGAAUACCCAUGUGGUAUAGUUGAGAACAGUGGUUUCAUCUUUCGGAGGCGCCUCGGUUGUCAUCGCUAGCAGCUUGUAAAAAAUAUCGCAUGCAGCCAUGGUAUCAACCGAAAGAAAAAGAUGAACAUUAAAAUGUAAAAGUUUCGUCAUGUGCAGAUGAUAAAAUGACGUGAAUCUUACAAAUUUUGUGAUAAUUCAACGCAGCAUACGUAUAAUAUAUAUAAGGCCUAUAAAAAUACCCGGGUUCCUGUAGUCUUAGUGUCAAUUAAUCUAAAGCCAAAGUCAUAAAAAAGAAAAAAGGUAACACUACCUCUAAAAAAACAUAUUUUUUCUAACCAAAGCUAGUUUAAGAUGUCGAAUGAUAUCCCUAUAUAUAGUCAGAUAGUACCAAAAUCGCAAUACCGCGCGAAGAAUUCGAAAGCGUCUACACGCGCGCAGAAUUUGGCGCGAACUGACUUCGAUCCGUUGAAUUUCAACAAUGGCGGCAACUUUCAAAUGUCGAACGCCUUAGACAAGAUGGAGAGGGUAGAAAAGAAAGAGUCAAGGAGGUCUCGUGACGAGACUAAGUCGAGGAGGACCCAGAAUAAGAAUAAUGACACGACCGAGGGGAAGGUAGAGGCGUAUUUGAGGCAGAAUCAGGUCAGCAUGAGGCAACAACAGAAUAGACAUUCCGCGGUGAGGCAGGCGGAGCAUAGAGUUAAUCUGAGAUCUCUACCACUGAACGACGCAGUGGCGUCUCGCACCCACGAGCGGACUCCUACUGAGCGUCAUCGGGGGUUCCCGGAGCGGGACGGCACGAGGGAGCAUCGGCGGGAGCGGGAGCGAGACAGGGAGAACUAUCAGAAUGAUGGCACACCUCUAAGCCCUCAAGCUCCCAGAGCCGAAAGGGAGUCUCGAGUCAGGAAGUCCACUUCGUCUCACCGCGUCACUGAGAGCAUAUCAACGGAUAAACGUAGAUUCUACUGCAGGGAAUGGGCCUUCCAGAAGAUAGCUCACUGCUUGGAACAACGACCAGCGAGCAAGACCUGUGGCACGCUUAUACUGGGCGACGCGGGUAGCGGGAAAACGGCGCUGUGUCAAGAGCUGAGCGAACCCGGGACGGGGCCACAAGCGAGACAGCAGCGCGCACUGAACAGGAGACUUCUGGCGAGACAUUUCCUGCAGACUCAAAACGAGAGCAGCCUCCGGCCCAGCGAGUUCAUUCGUUCAUUAGCAAUGCAAAUACUCAGUCACUCGUCGCGACGCGCCAGGAACGACAGCGAGAGACAGCACGCUAGCCCGCAAGCAGAGAGGAGGGAUUCAGAAGAAGAACGUCUGGUGAACCGGUUCCAAGGACUGGCAGACGACGCGGAGGAGAGUUCCAAACCUCUGCUGGCCGAUAGCGAAGACCAACGCACUGACGAGGAGGAAGGCGCCGGCAGCGGCCGUAGACAACGCACCAUAGACCGCAUUCACGAGAGGGAAGCGUAUCUGGACUCUAUGGUCGGAGACGCGUCGCUCAGCCGCGCUGAUGAUUUGCCGGAAAUCCUGCCGCGGGCGAGCGUCAAGCCGACCAAUCCGUUCGUGUCGGACGACAAAGACAUGCGCCUGUACGAGAACCACGAAAAUCUAUUCCUGCGCAACAUUUCACAGCGGCAAUCCAAAGAGUUGCGCAACUCGCGACUCCUGCGUCAGAGCUCCGAGCCUCUGAACGAGAAGAAACCGGCCGUUCUACAAAAAAGCCUGUCGACCGAACACAAAGACGACGACAGAAAAGUCGAUAAUAGCCCCCCGAAAUCUCGCAUACCGGUCGCCAACUUCAAAUAUCCGAACAAAAGCGAGUUGCGUUCAAACGAGAAUUCACCGAAAAAGUGUGACAAAAACGAGACACCGGAAUAUCAGAACGUGGUCAAUUCCAUUCCUCUGACAGAGAAUCACGAAUUGGAAGUGCUUUUGGAGAAGAAACGUUCGCAGAAUGACGAUGUACCCCCGCCGAUACCCAGUUUGCCAAUAAGUUCUCGCACUGUCAUUGCUAACGCGUAUUAUGAUAAGUUGUUGUCGGAGCCGGAGAUACAACAGGCGUUGCUGCCUCACAAUUUGGAGAAGAAUCCAGAGGAAUGUUUCAAGAAAGCGUUGCUGUUUCCCCUGUUGGAGAUAGACCCGCCUAAGCAGUGUUUGUUUCUGUUGGUCGACGGCAUCGAUGAAGGUGGCAAUGCGGUCCCGGACGGAGACUCGUGCGGCAGCGUGUCGGUACUCCUGUCCCGCAACCAGCACCUGUUCCCGCCGUGGCUUUUGCUCGUCUGCACGGCGCGGCGUCACGCCAAACCCGCCACCAGCCUGUUCACAGGGUUCCGCAAGAUAACGUUGGACGAGUUGCAACGUGCGCACGUCGCCGCUGACGUACAGAGAUACGUGUUGGCGAGACUGGACGCCGAGCCGAAAUUGAGAGCUCGUGUUUCAAGCGAUUCUACUGCAGCGGCCGCGGCGGCUGCGGCGUUAGACCAUCUCAGGAUUAAAAGCGAUGGAUGCCUGCUUUACUUGGAAAAGGUUUUGGACGGAGUGGCUGACGGCUUCAUAGGUCUUAGGGAGAUCAGAGAUAUACCUGGCACUUUGAACGGCCUGUAUUUAUGGUUGGCGCAGAGGCUGUUCCAUGGCAGACGAUUCACUAAGGUCCGCCUCCUUCUGGACGUGUUGCUGGCGGCCCGUUGCGGUGUCACUGAGGAAAUGCUUUACAAAUGUCUCCUGACCAAGGAAUACAGUGUUACCAGGGAGGACUUUAACAGGAGACUACAUUUACUUAGAAGGAUCGUGGUGGUGGAGCGGCGCACGGGCCACCUGUCGGUGUUCCACCACUCGUUCGCGGCGUGGCUGGCGGACGUGAAGCACUGCACGCGCCGCUACCUGUGCUGCGCGGCGGACGGCCACGCGGCCCUGGCCAUGUAUUACACGCUCGACGCUAAGAGGCUAACAGCUUUGGAGAUACACAACUACAUUUACCACAUGACGAAUUUAGAACAGCAUUUGUCAUCUAUGAAGAAGAAGAAUUGUGGAGAUAAAACCGACGAAGUAUUAGACCUACACACACUUUUCCUGCUAUGGGUAAUCGAUUCCGGAUGUGACGUGGAAUCGGCUCUUAGAAGGGAGAACGAUUACCGACCACUCGAUACAACUGCUGAGAUGAAGAAUGAGGCUGAAGAAAAAGAAGUUGAUCCGGAUUCAGAAGGGAAGGAGUCUGUGUCAGCCGAGCAAUCGACAAUAGAAUCCAUAAUGCCCGAGCUGGUGUCCGGCGAGACGGCGCCCCGAUGGCCGCGUGACAGGAGAGUGUACAACACGCUGUUGGAACUGACCAGAUGCGAUUCAAUUCCGGCGCAGCAGAAUGAGUUGCUGACAGCCGAGAAACCAAUGGAAGAUGAUCCUAUAGAAGCUGUAGAAGAACCGGUAGUCCUGGACCCAAAUCUGGUGUUCGAGUUGGCUACGAAAGGCGAUGACGAAGCUCUUACCGCUUUGCUCAAGCGCUACCCUCACCUAGUAGAAGCCACAGAUUCCAUAGGCGGCACUGCUUUGCACUGUGCCGCCCGCGCCGGCCGCGCUCUGUGCUGCGCCGCCUUGCUAUCAGCGGGCGCGAGGCCUGACGCUAACGAUGCCGACGGCUGGAGCGCCCUUAGGGCUGCUGCCUGGGCUGGACAUGCUGAGGUUGUCGAGGUUCUUUUGGAGUUUGGCUGCGACGUAGACUGUGUUGAUGCCGACAAUCGGACAGCUUUGAGGGCCGCGGCGUGGUCCGGCCACGAGGCGGUGGUGUCCCGGCUGCUGGCGGCCGGCGCAGACGCCGACGCGGCGGACGCGGAGGGCCGCACGCCGCUCAUCGCCGCCGCCUACAUGGGGCACGCGGACAUCGUGCGCGCGCUGCUGGACGCCGGCGCCAGCGUCGACCACGCCGACGAGGACGGUCGCACAGCCCUCUCAGUGGCGUCUCUAUGCGCUACAGGCGCCGCGUGCGCAGCCUCUUUACUCGAAAGAGGCGCGUCAGUACAAGCGGCCGAUCGCGAUAGAGCUGCUCCGUUAUUGGUUGCUGCUUUUGAGGGGCACACUGAGAUCUGCGAACUCCUGCUCGAGGCGGAAGCGGAUAUCGAGGCGGCGGACGUGGCGGGGAGGACCGCGCUGUGGGCGGCCGCCUCCGCCGGGCACGCCAGGACGGUCAGGCUGCUGCUGUUCUGGGGCGCUUGUGUCGAUAACAUGGACCACGAGGGGAGGACUGUAUUGAGUACUGCCGCUGCUCAAGGUAACGUGGAAGUGGUCCGGCAGCUUUUGGACCGCGGGCUGGAUGAGCAUCAUAGGGAUAAUUCCGGUUGGACGCCGUUGCAUUAUGCUGCUUUUGAAGGUCAUGUAGAAGUUUGCGAAGCACUAUUAGAAGCAGGCGCGAAAGUCGACGAAGCUGAUAAUGACGGAAAAGGCGCUCUAAUGCUGGCUGCUCAAGAAGGACAUACAAAAUUGGUGGAAAUAUUGGUAGAUGAAUGGGGAGCACCCGUGGAUCAAAGAGCGCACGAUGGCAAGACAGCAUUAAGGUUGGCAGCCUUGGAAGGUCAUUUCGACACAGUCCGAGCACUACACGAACGAGGCGCUGACGUCAACGCCUUAGACGCCGAUAGAAGAAGCACUUUGUAUGUGCUAGCAUUGGAUAACAGAUUGGCCAUGGCGAGAUUUUUAUUGGUCGAAUGUGGAGCGAACAUCGAUACAACUGAUACUGAGGGCAGGACACCUCUUCACGUUUCAGCGUGGCAAGGGCAUACGGAUAUGGUCAAUCUUCUCAUUAAAGUUGGCGGCGCGGCGGUGGACGGGCGCGACCGCUGCGCGCGCACGGCGCUGCACGCGGCGGCGUGGCGCGGCCGCGCGCCGGCGCUGCGCGCGCUGCUGCAGCACGGCGCCGCGCCGCACGCCGUGUGCACGCAGGGCGCCUCGCCGCUCGGUAUUGCAGCACAAGAAGGUCACGAGGAAUGCGUUCUAUGGCUUCUACAGCACGGCGCUGAUCCGCUGCAGGCCGACCAUUGUGGUCGUACUCCCGCGAAGGUGGCGUGGCGAGCUGGUCACGGGAACAUCUGCAGAUUACUGGAGAGAUGGACCGCGCCGACCGCGCCGCAGCAGCUCAGCCCGGCCAGCGCUGACUCGCCGGAAUACAAGAGGCGCAGCGUCCACAGUUCAAACUCGACAAAGUCGUCGUCCAACCUCACGGGCGGCUCGGGACGCUCCCACGACCCCCCCGAGCCCGACACCGCGCACAACGACAAGCCGAACCGAGCGAAUCUCUCCCUCUCUUUCGCGCAGCAAGUCGCCCGCCGCGGGCACGGCAGAAGAGAGAAAGAGAGAGAAGCUAUACCCGAACAUAAAGCUGUGGAGAAAGAUUCCAAACUGAGCCCUUCGCUCAACAGGAGCUACCUGGCGCACGAGAAGGACGCCGACUUACGCGGCUACAGCGACCGCGACCGCCGCCGCGACGCGCGCCACGGCGGCUACCGCGACAACGCCAGUCCGCUUUAUGCGUCGCCGCCGAGGAGCCCCGUCAGCGACAUUUGCAGCCCCACAUUGCCUACUGGAGGGAUCGGAUCACAGCCGGCCAGUAUCACCCAACCUGUACUGACUGAUACACACUUCAAUCGCGACACGCACAUGAGAAUUAUACUGGGGAGGGACAGCAAGCAACAAGAUAGGAACGACAGCGAAUUAAGAAUGCCGUCGAAAAGUCGCCUCGCUUACAUCCGCCUCGUGGGCAGUAUCGGGCGAGCGAGAGGCAAGAUAUUUAAGAAAACCAAAAACAAAAGGAACGGCAUCGUGACCAACCCAGCCAUGAGAUUGGUCGCCAACGUCAGGAAUGGACUUGACAAUGCAGCAGCUAACAUACGUCGCACCGGCGUCGCCCUAGCCGCCAGCGCCAGUUCCAACAACCCAGCUGUCAAAACUAACGCGUUCCAGUGGAGGAAAGAGACGCCGCUAUAAAGUCACAUAGGUUAGAGCGAGACGACUGUAUAACAUCGCGUAUUUUUUUUAUAACUAAUUCGAGGAUUCAUUCAUCUGUCAAAAACUAAUGCCAAUGAAGGAAGGGGACGCCGCUGUAAAAUCAUAAAGGCUAGAGUGAGAGGUCCGAUGUUCAAUCGGAAAUUGGACCAAUCACGCCUAAAUCGAGUCACUCAUAGUCCAAAUAGCUAAAUAACUCGAAAAUUAAUAGUACCUACACUGCCUUUAAAAACUAACGCUUUUCGAUGAAAGAAAGAGACGCCGCUAUAAAAUGCUAUAAAUUAAAGCGAGAAAACCAUACUGGAGCUCAUAGUUCCGAUGAUUAAUUGAUUCGACGAUUGAAUCUACUUCCAAAAACGAUCUUCAAUGAAGGAAGGAGACGCUGCUAUAAUUUCACAUAGGUUAGAGGGAGAUAAAUAUAUACUCGCUCGUUACGACCAACUUGUUUCCAGAAUUGAUGGUAGAUGUCGUUGUUAUGUGUUUUUACCUGUGUUUUUUUUUUCCUAGAAAUGGUUCUUAUUCUAUACUCUUAUAUCAAACAUUCGCAAUUGUCUGCGAUGAAAUAUAAAGAAUGGUAUUUAUCCUCCCUCUCAUUCCCACUCAUGAGGCUGUUUUAAUUUUUAUAUACAAAGAAAAGAACACAUGUUAGUAUACGUGUUUGUGCAAAAUAGAGGUUGUCAAUUUGAUGACAGCCUGUUUAAAAUUAGUUUAGUAGAACAGUCGCCACAAUAUUUGAGUGAAAUGAUAAUUGUGGUCUUUGAGAAGUGACCUAAUAGGGUUGAUUUUCCCAUUUCAUUGUCGAUAAACUGUAAUAGUGAAAAUAUUUUCUUGAUUUCAAAAAAUUGAUUAGCACAUUGUUAUUAUGGUAAACUUUGUAUCUGCAUUUGAUUAUUUUAUGUUCAUUUAAUUCAAUUAUAUUAAGUGUGCUGUAUUAAAGACACACAAAAUCUUUGUGAACUGUAAACUUUUUAGCGUGACUAAAAAUGUUAACGUUAAAUACUCGUACAAAUUACUUCUCGGUUUUGCUGUAGUUUUCGUAAAAUGAAGUGAUUAAUAUACAUACGUUUUUAUUUGUAUCUUUUUAUAUUUUAACUAAUGAUGUUUACGCACUUUUGUUUGUUCGAACUCAACAUGUCUUCAAAAAACUAUUAUUAAAACAAAUAUCAAUAUAAAAAAAUCAGUAAAGAAAGUACUCGAUAAUCAAUAAAGAAUUUCUAAUUGGUCUCAUUACAUAUUAUAUCAGUAUUAAAAAAAGAACAAAAAAAAAACAUUAAAAUUGCAUUUCUAAGAAAUCAUAGUACAAUUUGUAAAAAAAAUAAUGCCUGAUCUCAAGAGAACAAAGUUAACAUAGAUUUUUAGACAUUUUUUUUACUUUUCAUAGACAAUUUGGUGCAUUUAUUUGUGUGUUGGAAACUAGUCUUCAUAAUUUAGGGUAGGGUUUUUUUAAUUUAACGUUGUAAAAAAAAAUCUGUAAUUAUGUUUGUUCAUUGAAAUCAAUAAUACAAAGAUAUUGGUAAGAACACUAAUUUGCUUAGUAAUGAUUAAUGUAUUUCUUAACAUUAUGACUGUAUAUGGAAGUAAAUUUAAAAAAAAUACUAUUUUAGUACGUAAUUAAGAUGUUCAAUUAUGGCAACACCAAGUGGCAACGAGCGCUAAAAUGUUGCUGUCCAGAGAUAAAAAAAUGUGUUAUUUUUAAGACGUAAUAAACCAAGAAAAAUUGGCUAUGGCUUUUGUGACGUAAUUUUAAAGCUGUAAGUGCUUUGUAGGGUUGAAGAAAUUUUUUGUGAUGGCAAUUUAGAAGUAAAUACACGUGUUGUUCUCAAGCCAGAACAGAUAUAUGUCAAAAUCGUAAUUAAAAGUAAAAAAAAAAUAAUGUCAAAUCAAUAUUACGAAACGAUACGAACGAGUAUUUUUGUAAUGUACUGUCGAUUUCUUCGUGUGUAUGUUAAAUACAAUUUUUUUAAGAGACAAAAAAAAAUUGAUUUCUUACGGUAUAUGAAUGUUGUAGAUGAAUCGUUCAUUUAACUUUGUUGUUUCAAAUAUAUCAUUAUGCAAAAAAAAAUUCCUUGCCAUGGUCUGAUUUAUACCAACUUAGAAUGACAUUGACAAGCUGUGUGAUCUUUAAAAAAAACAUAUAUCUCAAAGUUUCAAUACAGAAUACUUGAGAAAUUUGGGCAUUUGACCGCCACGGAUGUCAUUUGACAAACAUACAUACACCCUUGCAUACUAAGAAGUGAUCGACUGUACAUUAAAAUGUACACAACAUUUUUAUUUAUUGAAAUUUUACGUCUAGUGUACAUAACGAUUAGAAUUAUCGAUGCUAAAAAAAAGUAAUACAAAAAAUUACUCAUUGUUAAAAAGAGAAUCUCCUUGUUUAAAUAUUAGACAGUGUUAAUUUAAAUGGAUUAGGAAGCGACUGCGGUGAUGUCGCAUCGUUUAUAAGGUCCUUUAAAAUGUAACUUUAAUGCUGUUUUGAAAUGCCUUUUUUUAAAUUCUGACCAAGGGUUUUUAGUCAAACCUACAAAAUUGAACAUUACUUUUAUUAUUAAAUAUGUUUAUACGGCUUUUAAGAGUUAUUAUAAAAAGAAAGAAAGAACUCUGAAAUGCAUAGAAAAGACAUGUGAUAUGUACUCUUUAGGUGUUCCGUUUCGCCUAAAAGAAAAUGCCCAAGUUUACUAGCCCUUCCCUUGGUUGACUUUAACAAUUUGCACGGAAGAGAAGCAGCUGGCAUACAUUAUGUUUUAUCUUUGUAACCAGACUAGCAUAAAAGUAAACGCCCUUCAGGCAAACUAUGUGCAAAAAAAUGGACAAAAGUUACAUUUUAAUACACGUGGCCUAUUAUGUGCGCGCGCGCAAUAACGUCCCUCAAAGCAAUGAAGUUAUACUAAAAAUUAGGGAUUUUAAAGUUCUCAGUGGGUAGUUGUUGUAGAUUUUUGGCAUUAUUAGGUAUUAAUAAAUUGGAAUGACUGUGAGGCUUGCCUGGUUUGGGUUUACGGAUGACGGUGGCGCCAUCUUUGUAUAAUUGUAUUUAUAAAAACUUGUGAGAGAUAAGCAAUAUAGUUAUAUUAUUAAUGCACAAUAAAUGAAUGUAGAAACGAUUUCUUUCGCCCCUUUUGAACUUUAUUACAGAAAGAAAAAUAAAUCGAUGUGAAUGUGGUUUGUGAGUUUGAAUUUAACGAUGGCGCCAUUACGCUUUUGUCAUAAGCGCUUAGAUCAAUAUUUUUGUUAUUAACCGAUCAUUAUCCCUAUUAGAAGCUUUCGAAUGAAACUUAACAUUUACUUUUAACAUUCGCCUGCUCAAUUAAGGCAUUCAUAAAUUCCAGUGCCGUGUGGUUCCCGGCACCAAUACGAAAAAGAAUAGGACCACUCCAUCUCUUUCCCAUGGAUGUCGUAAAAGGCGACUAAGGGAUAGGCUUAUAAAAUUGCGAUCCUUUUUUUUAGGCGAUGGGCUUGCAACCUGUCACUAUUUGGAUCUCAAUUCCAUCAUUAAGCAGAGCAGCUGAAUGUGGCCAUUCAGUCUUUUCGGGACUAUUGGCUCUGUCUACCCCGCAAGGGAUAUAGACGUGACUAUAUGUAUGUAUGUAUGUAUAAAUUCCUAACUAGCUGAAAAUAAUUUUCCCAGCAUUAAUGUUUAUGGACAAAAAAUACGGGAAGUCAAAUGUCAAAAAAAAAAUUAAUUUUUUUUUUUUUUUUUCAAAAUGCUAAGUUUAAUCGGAAAAUUAUGUAAAGAGUAAUUGUAAAUUAAUAAAUUAUCUACAUAAAGGUAUCAAUGAUUAUUUACCUUAAAGCUACUUUUGGGAUAUAAACUUUUUGUUGGCAAUGAUCUGAGCGCUUACUAAACUCUUGUGAACUUGUCAUUAUAAAGAGAAAACUACCUAUAUUGUACUCAUAUAGAGUCUAGAUUUACUUAAUCAUCGAUUUGUUUGUAGAAAAUAUAUAAAUACAUCACGUCUUUUCCCUUUACAGGGUGAACAGUGUCUAAUAUUAAUCUUGGCGUCAAAUGAUUUAUUCAUAUUGAGUAUGAACUAUGAACAAAAAAAAUAUUAAAAUGUCAUAAAAUAUAAGAGGCUAUGUUAUUUUGAAUGCUAACCGAUGCUCUAAUGGUUUAACAUUCAGAAAUUCUGCACAGGAUGAAUAAAAAAAAAUUAAUACUAAAACUUGUAUGAUACUAUUAUAUUGAUCAUGGAAGUAGGUACAUACUGGUAGUCACACUCGUGUUUACAAACUUUUGAAAGGAAAAAUGUUAUUUCCCUUUCCUGUUGGUGUUAUAAGAAAGAGAUGGAGAAUCGAAAAGAUAAAGCAAGGAAGGUAUUUUUGAAUUACGAAAAAUAAUUUAGGAGUUUAUCUUCCAAUUUGUAUGUACUUCCCUGGUUGAUUUUUUUUUUGUUAUGUUCCUUGACAUUUAAUUAUAACAUCAACAAUUUUAAGAUUUAAAAGCAGAUAAACAUAUUAUAAUUAAAUUUUUAUGAGAAUAAAUACAGGAAAGAAAACUGUCAACUGAUUAUUUUAUCGAUUUAUAUUUAUAAAAAGAAAAAUUCAUCGAUUUAAUAACAAUCGACCGUUUUUAAAUUUCAGAUAAUCGAAAACCUCUGCCACUUAACAUGUGAUUAUAUAAAUAUAUACUCUGUAUAAUCGUGGAUCGAUUCUUGCUAUAUAACGAGUCAAUAAUUUAGUUUCUAUAAUAUUAAAUUUUGAAAGAUAAUUUUCAUUUCAUCUUUUUCAUUUUUUAACCGUGGUACGGUUCAAGAUGUCCUGUCAAAUGGAUAAGAGAAAAAUAUUAUUUUUCACGGUUAUAACCUUCCAUAAUAAUAUUAAAAACAUUUCUAACAUUAUAUUUUUAUUAUUAAGUUAUUGAAACCGAUAGUGUGACGUAAAACAUAAGCAAAUUGCUCUUAUAGCAACCGUUGGGAGAAAACUUGCACAUUCAGGCAACUGGAUGUGUAAAUAUGAUCCAAAACAGAUUAGGUUUCUUUGCGAAGGUUGUGGAGGUCAGACGGACGUCGCUUCGUGUGAAACCCUGACUUCAAGAGUCACUUUGUUUCAAAAUGGCGGAUAUUUACCCGCGAAUAAAUCCUCCUUACGCUCGCUUCUCUUUUAUGUCACACACUUAUAACACAUAGGUACAAAUCUUUCUUUCUCUGUCACUCAUAAGAAAUGAGUAACCUUUGUGAAAUUAAAAGGUUCCUAUAUUUUGUUUAUAAAUACUCUUUAUUUAAGAAAAUGAAAUUAAAAUUUUCUUUCAAAAAAUCAAAACUUAAUUUAACUCAAUGAUUUAUUGUGUAUAAAAUCGAAUAGCAAUAUUUAUUUAUUAUCUAAAUCUGAUUAUAUAUUUUUUAAAUUAUAUUUUGAAUAUCUCUCAUCAAUAAUUGGCGCCAUCUUUGAAUUAAAUGUGUAGUUUUAUUUCGACUGCUGCGUAACAGAUGGCGCUGUUAUGCUGCUAUUUUUAUCCUUUUUGCUUUUGCUAAUUAAAAAAGUUAAUGGUUUUUAUGCCGAGAUUAAAAUAUUUUCUUAUUUGUUUAUAAAUUAAAGCCAAUCAUUUCCAAGAUGUUCAAAAUAUAAACAAGAUAUAAUACAGAUGUUAGAUAUUUUUUUUGUAUUUUGCGUGUGUUUGGUGAUAUUGUGAUUUAGAAUAUGAAUUUGUAAGGGAUGUAAUGUAGACAGGCAGUGUGGUAUAACUGUUGUGAAGAAAUAUAUUGAAAUAUAUAUAAUUUCUCUUA